AUGCCAUCGUCUCCGACCCUGCCCCCCCUGGUCGAGACCUUCCCCGAGGACAAGUACCCCCUGCGCGAAGUCGGCCAGGGGUUCACAGCGCAAGCGUGCCAGGGCGAAGCGGCGCAGGCUUGCGCAGCGAUUGCGGCCGAGAUGUUGGACGAGUCGAGGACGGUUCAAGUAUCUCACACCUCGGUCAACUCGGAUAGCUUGGAUGCGUCGGGCAUGGAGGCGUUCCCGGUGGACGAUCUACCGCUACCCGAUGGUGCUGUUGAGACCGGUUUGCUGAUCCUCCGCAACGAGAGGAUACUACCGGGGAUGGUGGGGAUCUCGCUCCCCCUCAAGGGCAACCUCUGGGUACGCGAGGACGGGACGUGCAACCUGUCUGGCUUCUUCCGUCGCCAGAUACCCAAGUUCGAGUUGGGCUUGCUGAUGGCGGCGAAAGAGGACAUGUCGAAAUUUCUGGACUGCUACCACGCCGUGUACCGUCCCGUUGUCGAGCAUGCGGCACAACGGCAGCAGUUCCAGGUUAUUAGGACGUUGUUGGAGACAGGCCUCGGGUACUACAAGGACGAUUCUCCCACUAGGAGAGAUCUGUUGGAGCUGCGCGCGCGAGUGACCAAGCUCAGGUCACGGUCCUCGGCCUCUUCAAAGGACGCCGCAGCGGCAGCAGCUGCUGCUGUUGCAGCGGGUGCCUCUAGCCCAACGUCGGGCGGAAACAUGUCCACGGAGGAGGUGAUGGAGACCCGAAGGCGGAUCUCCGAUUCCAAGCUGGAGAAGGACGGGGCCGGGGCCGGGGCCGGGGAGGGCACCAGGAGCACGUCCUUCGCCUCGGGGGGCGAGUCUGACGACGCCAGCAGGUCCGGCCGCGUGGGAUCCGGCCCAGACAGAAAACUCAAGAUCGCUCAGCAAGUGGUGGGCGGAGACGCUCCGAAGCAGAGCGGGCCGUUCCGCCUUUGGAAGAGCAAGACCGGCGAGGCAUCUUACAGCAAGGAGGAGCCUUCCUAGGUUAUAGACAGACAAAUUAAAAGCGUCUGGCUGCUGCUUGGUUUCUUUCUGUGGUUUUGUCAGGAGAGCCUUACCGUCGUGAAACUGCUCAGACUUGAGAAGGACUGUUUUUUUCUAUCAUCUCUUUGACCUGCCCCCCUCAUUUUUCCAGGCAUGCAGCGCAUCAUAUUUUCCGUGGUAGGCAUUCGGUACCAGACGGAUUGCCGUGUGGUGUUUCUUUUUCGUGAGACAGACAGGUGGGAGAA